AUGUCCACUAGACGGUAUAAUACAUCAGAUCUGCCAGAUUUUAAGAUAGAUCAGAGUUCAGUUGACCCGAUUUCAUCGAAUUCGUCCUUCCCCCAUGAAAAUUGGCCUAGUGACGCACAAGUUCCAAAUUUCCAACUAUCCCCUACCGAUGCGAACACUGAAAGAGUUGCUCCAUCAGGAGUGCCAAUAUCAGCAAAUUCCAAUUUACAUCUUUCCAAUGGAACUAAUUGUCCUCUGUUACCUUUAAAUGAUACCCAAAUGUCUUCCGACCGGUUGAAAGAUAUGGUAAUCGAGGGCUUAAAUCACCAGCCUUCUACUCCAACAGGGGUUUCAUCAUCAAUUUCUUGCACAGAUGUCGCGAAUACGACAAUGUCGUAUGAUGAUGCUGCAAAAUCCGAAUCUAAUACGGAUAACUUGCUUGAUUUUCAAUCUAUAAUUAAUUCAAAUAUUAUUAAUAAAAAUAACUUCGACAUCUGGAAAGAGGCCUAUAAUGACAAUAAAUUAAAUGAAAAUCAAAAAAAAAGCGUUGAAACAUAUUUUAAUAAAUCUGAAUUUUUAAAAUAUUUGGCAAAUAAUCAGAAAAGAAUUCACGAAUAUAACAUGAAUAAAUUGCCUUAUCCUCUUAAAAAUGCAUUUUAUGCUAAUUAUAUAUGCCCAAAUGACGUUGGUCUUGUGUUCAAAUUCCCUGAACAACUUAGAAUUAAUUCUAACAAAGAGAUACUCCAAAUGAUUAAGUCAGAAAUAAAAAUUACUGUUCAGGAAUUAGAAUCAGAAAUUCAAACAAUAGAAACCAAAUGUUCAUUAACUAAAACAAAACUUGAAGAUGCUACUAACAAGUUAAAAGAACUCAAGGACUCCCAUAACAAUCUCUUUCCCACACAUGAAGAAUAUAAAAAGAACAAAGAAUCUUUAGAUAAAGAACAUGGUCAAAAUAUUAGAUCAUUGUAUAACCUAAUAGUGAAACAAUAUAUUCUUGAUACCCUUCACAUAAUAUUUAUUAAUGAAAAAUAUAUUAAAUUACCAAUUUCAUGCGUAGAUUUUAAUCAAUUGUCAGCCCUUAAACAGCGAAAUAUUAAAAUCACCGAAAAAGUCAACCAACAUAAUGUAUUACUAGAUUUUAUGGAGAAUCAUCCAUUUAGAAGGGAAGAUGGCACUACAAUUCACUUUUCCCUAGUAUCCAACGAUAUACCGGUUGCUAUAUACUUAGAACUUCCUUUGAACCAAGCAAAGUGGUGGGAAGAUAUUCUCGCAGCUCACUUUCCUGAAGAUGUAUACCAUAUAAUCGAGACCUUUGUUCCAAAGGAGGUUGAAGCAUAUAAAAUAGAUGAAGCGUUUCCAGAUGAUCUGACUCUAGUCCGAAUUUAUGCAAUUUUUAGCUUGAAUAAUGGUAAAACACAAUUUAAACAUAGAGAGUCACAUCUUAAAGCCAUGAAACUAGGAUUUGUUUCACAUUGUCGGAACAAUUGUUAUACUUGUAAUCGCUACAGAAAGAGUCACAAAGUAUAA